AACCCCUCCCCCCCCUCUACCUACCCCGCCCCCUCCUCCUCACUAUUUACCCAUCUCUCUCCCAAAAAGCUCCCCUGUACUAGCCACUUACCUUACUUUACCCCAGACCACAAAACGGGCGGAAUGCGGGACGAUCCCCUCUUAUCCUCGGCACUUUUUACUAUUCCGCGAUUUGUGCAGCCAACAUCCAAAGCUAGGCUAGCCCCGAUGCAGGCCGAGAAUUGUGCCUCGAGACGAACACAAGCUGAGGGUACGAGGCUUGCGUGCAUGCUCGUUACGACGGGGGAAAUUGUGGGGGUGGGAGUGUGGGGGAAGUAUUGGGGAUGUAGGUAA